UGUAGCGAAACUAUCUCGGAGUCGGAGACACCGACUGCAGUGGAACAGCUGUCACAGUGCUACUCAUACUGUGGUACCACCAUGACUGCAUGUUCGGUGGAGAGGCAGCGUGUUUCCGUGAUGUCCGUUACCGUAGAGGCGUUUCCACGGUGGUCAAACUGAAAACUUAAAGGAGCAAAAACUUUGAGCGAGGAGACUUUUUUUUUUUCUCCCCCCAGACUUUCCCUGUUAUCACUAGACAGCGUAACAAAGCGAUGGCAUACACUACUGUUUCGAUAUGGGCAUUUGUUUUUAGUGUAUACUUCGACGUGUCAAAGUGUUACUUUGCUAUACCGCUCAAAAUAUACUCCGGGAGAUACAAUGUAUCCUCGGAUCAUGUGGAUUUGACCCGGAGAGUCGCGUUAACGUCGGAUGGAACCGGCCUGUCUUUGGCCUCUGAUCCCACCGGUACCGUGAACUUUCUGGACAUGGUAAACAACUUGCAGGGGGACUAUGGAAGAGGCUACUACAUGGAAAUGUCGAUUGGUACUCCUGGUCAAAAGGUGAACAUCCUGGUGGAUACAGGAAGUAGCAACUUCGCCGUGGCUGCAGCUCCACACCCAUUUAUUACUCACUACUUCGACACUGCGCUCUCCGGCACCUACCAGUCAUCUGGCCGGACUGUGGCUGUCAGGUACACUCAGGGCAACUGGGAAGGUGAACUGGGCACUGACCGUGUCUCCAUUCCCAACGGCCCAAAUGGGAAUUUCACCAUCAACAUAGCUGCCAUCCUGUCAUCUGAGGGCUUCUUCCUUCCUAGGGUCAACUGGCAGGGCAUCCUGGGCCUGGCCUAUCCCGCACUGGCAAGGCCGGACUCGUCCGUGGAGCCCUUCUUCAACUCUUUGGUGCAACAGCUGGGAAUUCCGGACAUCUUUUCCCUCCAGAUGUGUGGUGCUGGACUUUCAGCCAGCAACACAGUGGACCCCCCUGGAGGCAGCCUUAUCUUGGGAGGGGCUGAACCAACUCUGUAUCAAGGGUCAGUGUGGUACACCCCUAUUGUAGAGGAGUGGUACUUCCAAGUGGAGGUUUUGAAGCUGGAGGUUGGCGACCAGAAUCUGGAGCUGGACUGCAGAGAGUAUAACAUGGAUAAAGCUAUAGUUGACAGUGGGACGACGCUGCUGCGCCUUCCUGUCAACGUCUUCAAUGCGGUGGUAGAAGCCAUCACACGCAGCUCUCUGAUCCAGGACUUUUCUUCAGGGUUCUGGGAUGGCAGCAAGCUUGCAUGCUGGAUGAAGGGAGAGACCCCCUGGAGGUUUUUCCCCAAGCUGUCCAUCUACCUCAGGGCCACGAACACCAGCCAGUCCUUCCGCAUCACCAUCCUGCCUAAGCUGUACAUUCAGCCAAUCACAGACGAGGACGGCACGUUGGACUGCUUCCGUUUUGGAUUGUCUUCGUCAGCUAAUGGCCUGGUGAUCGGCGCUACUGUUAUGGAAGGCUUCUACGUGGUGUUCGACCGCGCCCAGCGGAGACUGGGCUUCGCGCUCAGCAGCUGUGCAGUGAGCGAUGGAGAGGCUCUGUCAGAGAUCGCAGGGCCCUUCUCAGCAGCAGACGUGGCGGCCAACUGCUCCGGCGGGCGGCUGAAGGAGCCCCUUAUGUGGGUGAUCUCCUACGCCCUGAUGGCGGUCUGCGCGGUGGUCCUCAUCAUCCUCUUGCUCCUGCUGGUACUGCCCUGCCGCAGAAACCGCUCCGGGGAGAUUACCGACGAGUCGUCUCUGGUCCGCCACCGCAUCAAGUGACUGAGGGGAAAAGGAUGGGCGGACAGGGCGAACAGCGAGCUGAGCCCAUCCACAGCGGUGCAGAAAGGGGUGCGGCUCGGCCUGCACCAAACAGGGACGCGUGCCUCUGAAUGUCUGACUGAUUCUAGACUGGACUCAACGGCUUGGCCCGUGGAGAUAGACACAGACAGAUCAACUGCCUCUUGACAGGAAAAUCCAGCCUAAAAACUCUUCUUAAAAACAGCUGUAUUCAUGCUUCCAAUUUCUUUUUUGAGGGUGACUAUUGCUUAUUCUCACUGAUGUCAUGUGUGACACAGGGGAAGACUGAUGCAAUUUCUCCACUGACUGUAGUAAGUCGGUAAUGAAAUGUAGCUACAGAGCAGUUUUUAGUAGGUAUGACGACAGAAGGGUGAAGCAAAGUAUAAAUCACUUCAUCACAAAAUAAACUCCAGACGCACACUAAACAGCACACCAGCAAUGACGUAUGACAGUAUCAUACGAGCUAAGGGUGGAGUCUUCCUGAGACAAACACAGGACUGCAGGUCCUCAACAACCGUUGGUGCAUUCUUGAACAAUUUAAAAGUUACUGAUUUUCUCUCCAGGCAAACCACCCAUUAAGAUGUGCCUUUCCAGUCUGUGAUCAGUGAAGGAAUGUUUCUUGUGCCUUCUUAUAUUUUGAAGUUGACCUCCAGUCCUCUGUUGAGUGAAAGUGAUGCCUGUGUACUUUGAAGUUAAGGGGAAAAGCUGCUCAAACAAUCACUGUCAAUAGGAAGAAUAUUACUAGAGGUUACUCGCGUUUACAGUGCCUGUAGUGCCAUUAAGUCUCAGCUCACUGCUCCUACCAAAUGAUAAACCGUAUCAGCAGUUUGAGACUUACUCUGCUGAGUUGCACUUUGUUUCUUAAAUCAAUCAAAAGUGGAUUAUAUAGCUAAAGAUCAAUAUUUCUCAAUCUGUUACGCAAUUUGUUGUAUUAAUGUAAUCUUACUAAUUAUGUCCAAGUUUAUAUUUAAUUCUCUUUGAAUGUGAUUCUAUUCAUCCAAAUGUUUGCUUUUUAGACACUAGAUAUUCAAGGAUACAUAUUUAUAAUGCAUAUUUUAUACAAACAAUAAAUCAGACGAUUUCUGAAACAGACACAUUGGAUACACAUGCUCAUUCUGGCUACAUGUGGACGGUUGGCUUUCUUGCAAAGCUGAACGACUUGUUAGCAACAACAAGUUGUCAAGCGUUAUGUUACAGUCUCUAUACAAAGUCAGUGUUUCAAGCUGCACAAAUGUGUCACUGUCUGCCAAAAUGUAAAGUUGACAAAUUAAAGCUACACUUGAAUCUUUGAAGCUCACCUAUUUAUAAGUAUUUCUUUUCUGUGCCAAAAUCGUAUUUGUGCUGUAAAUAAAAUAGCUUUGGAUCAAAUCGAAGAUGUAAAUCAUCUUAAAUAAAUAAAGGUUUGUUUUUGUGAAAGGUUACGAAAGAACAAGCUGCAUGUGGUUUGUGAGUGACUUGUGGUUUUGUUAUGUUGGCACACGGUAUCUCUAUCUACCAGCUUAAAUAUCACCAUUUAUUAAAGUAAACACUUCAACCAUAUUUACAAAGACUAUAAUUAAGACUUUAACUACACAUGUAUCAAAUUAAAACAAACUAAUUGUUCUGAUGAGAUAAUAGGAAAACAUUGUUCAUUUGAGCUUCUUAUGUGAAUUUGAGCAUCAACAGUAAAUCGACAUGAUAAAAACACGGAACAGUAAUAUGUAGAAAAUACAUAUGUAAUAUGUAACUGAUACAGAUAUUGUUGAGGCAUUGAUAUAAAGAUGUAUCUUUGCACACUUAAAAAAUAAAUUGUAAACACAAACAUCUCAGAUGGUUCAUCUUUGGUCCUGUCAUCCUCAGUCAUCUCGAUGCUUCUGUAAAGAAAAUACAAAAU